AUGGACUUAGAAAUUAGUGCCGUUCCACACUUUAAACAAGAAUCACUUCAGUCGCAAGAAUCUUUUCAAACGCAAACCAACGAUGGACUUUCAAGAAACCGAUCUUUUUCCACCGACACCGUCGACGUCGACCGCUGCACCGACCAAACCGGCGAAACAGACGACGUUGAAAAAACGCCCGAAUUCGAAACUGGGGUUUUCUUCGGGCCAGCGUCAUCCACCGACGACGAAACGACCAAAGCAAUUGACGGACGGGCAAGUAAUCGAAUUAGUAGAUUCGGCGGAGGAGGACGAGGACCACAACAGAAUUUGGAAAAAUAUGCAAUCGACGACUCUGCUCAAUCUGCCCGUCAAGACAAUAGUCGACUUGAGCGACUUUCGUCAUUUUUCCGGAUUUAUGGAAGUCCUCCUCACGGACGACGUGCCUCUCGAUUCACUGAUGCUAAUGCCGUCCAUAGCGGUAGUGAUCAUGAUGACGGUGCUGGUGGAAAAGAACCCGAAGCCGGGCAUGGCCAAAGCCGAACUCCUGUCCACCCUGUUGAAUUUUCAAUCGUGGAAGAUUCCAACAUCGAACGUCAUGGCCGCCCUGAAGACAAAACUAUACGCGAUUCCGGUAUGCAAUAUCCCGCAAAACGCCGAAGGCUCGACAACCACGACGGCGACGGACAACAAGAAUCUGUUCGACACGUAUCUCAUUCUGGCGGCCCAAAUCUACUGGAAGACGACGGACUGUUUGGAAAAUACGCCGCUGAGCUCCAUCACCGGUAUAUGGGAAGCAAUACCGUGUAUCUCUCGGACAUAUGUAUCCCUGAGGGACGCGCGGAGUUUGCUCAAUUAUAUGCUGAGUUUGAAGUGGGAUUGCGACAAUGCGAACAAAACACCAGAGAACAAUUCCGAAUCGUGUCCGAGCACGGAGACCACGUACACGUCGUUCACGCCUGCCCGUAUUCAAACUCAACUUGUCGCUGUACGUGGCUCCGUCGCAGCGCCGUCUGGAGGUCGCGACGACGAACUCGAUUUAGACGACGAGUUUUCGUCGCUGACCUCAAGGUUGUCGACUGGGAAAACAUCGCUCGAUAUUUCGCUACAGAAGGACACGCAGUCCAAAACUGCCAAGGCCCAUGUUAUGAUGGAAGACUACGUGUACGAACUCAAAAUGUACAAGAAGGAGGACAUACGCAAUCGAUUAUGAAUAGUAAAUGUAUAGAAGACGUCGCACAAACCCGAGCUAUGACAGCUAGUACAGUUGCAAAAAGCUUCAUAAAACAUUUUGUAUGCAUUUACGGUAUACCAGACACGAUCAUUACCGACCAAGGUACAAACUUUAUGUCCAAACUCUUUACUAAUGUGUGCAAACUUCUCAAAAUUCAGAAAGUACACACGACAAUUUAUCACCCACAGGCUAACUCAGUGGAACGAUGGCAUAGAUAUCUCAAAAAUUAUCUAAGGUGCUAUAUAAAUAAAGACCAAUCAGAUUGGAACGACUAUCUAUCAUUCGCUUUGUUUACUUACAACGUAAUACCACAUUCUAGCACUAAUUAUGUUCCAUAUGAAAUUGUUUUUGGCCGCCCGCCAAAUGUACCCACAUCGUUCUCACAACCAUUAAGACCUAUUUACAAUUAUGACUCUUAUUUAUGUAAAUUACGACAUAAAAUGCAAUUAGCAAAUGAAAUCGCUAGGCAAAACUAA